AUGACUACUAGUCAACAACUCAACAUCGAAGUCCUAACACCUAGUAUCGGUGCUGUAAUUCACAACUUGGAUUUAUCCCAACCAUUGACCAAGGCUCAAAAAGAUGCAUUAGAACAAGCACUCUACAAAUAUCAUGUGCUUUUCUUUCGUAAUCAAAAUUUAACACCCAUACAACAACGUGAUUUCGCCCGUUUAUUUGGUGAACCACAUGUGCAUCCGAUUUUUUUGCAUACGACCGAAUGUCCGGAAGUAAGUGUAUUGGAAUAUGGUCUAGAUAUCGAUCCGAAUAAAAAACCAGAUUCUGAUAUCUGGCAUACUGAUGCUACAUGGUCAACAAAUCCACCAAUAGUUGGUAUGCUCUAUGCAAAAAUUGUGCCAAAACAAGGUGGUGGUGAUACACUAUGGGCAAAUAUGAUUGAAAUUUACAAAAAAGAAUUAUCAAACGAAAUGAAAGCAAUUCUCAGUACACUCGUAGCCGAACAUUCAUUUGCAUAUGCAUAUCAACCGUUGAUUAAACCGGAUUCUGCUUCUAUGGAGCAAUUCAUGAAAACUAAAGAAACGAAUCCACCAGUCAAACAACCGGUUAUUCGUGAACAUCCACACACCAAAGAAAAAUAUCUAUAUGUUAAUAAGUGUUAUACCACAAAGAUCAGUGAAUUAAAUGAACAAGAAAGUGAUUUACUAUUACAAUAUUUAUUUUCAUUAAUCAAUAAAAGACCAGAAUUUACAUGUCGAUGGAAAUGGAAUGAAAAUGAUGUUUGUUUAUGGGAUGAACGGACAACACAACAUUAUGCAACAGCUGAUUAUUGGCCACAACAUCGAAGAAUGCAUCGAUGUGUAAUGAUGGAAAAUAAAGAUAAAAUUUAG